UGUAUGGGGGAAGAGAGGGAGGAGUGGACUUCUGAAGGGGUGGUAGAUGCAUGCAGCCAAUAACAGGCUAGAGAAACUGAGACUUCAGAGACUCCAGACUUUAGAAAGUCAGUCCUCACAUAGCAAGAAAGGUACUAAACAGCAAAAGAGCAUGAGGAAAAAGGAAUGGGACACUGUGACGGAUAAAGAUUUGAAAGAAAUGAUUUUAAACCCAUGCCAUGAUGCUCUGUGAAGUGACCUCACGGACAGAGAUUCGGGACGAGGCCUGAGUAAAUUGUGCUUUGCUUGCGAUCUCUUCAAGACGCAGCAGCCAGAAAGGAAUAAAGAAGGCACGUGUCAUCCCAGACAAAAGCACCCUCAGCUCCUCCACAAUCAAUUAUUUAUGUGCAGGAGAGUUGCAGAAGGCCAGGCAAAUAGGAGUUGACCUACAGCUCAAAGCUGUGCCGUAUUGUUCUGGAUUAAAGAAAGAACGACUCUGGAAGACAGGAGGGAGAUAGAAACAGACACGGAGAACUGCUGCAAUAAUGAAACCUCUUCAGAAGAACCAGGGGCGCACUGAUCAUAUCUUAGGUGCCAUGGCAGACAUGCUGAGCUCACUGGCCAUGCCUAGCCAACAGUGGAGCUCAGAGGGCACAGAGGAGCUGCCAGUGGAUGGCGAACAAAAGGCAGCAAGCCAGUCUCAGUGGGAUCAGGAAAGGGUUGAGUGGGAGCAGGCAUCUCGGGACAGCCCUGAGAGAGGGCAAAGAGACAAAGAAGAUUCGUACACUGCCGCAGGCAGUGAGGGCAGUAUCUCCACAUCGGUGACCUCUUUACCCCCCCAGGCAUCAGGCAGUUCUGCCCCAAACUCGCCUGGCUCACGUCGCUCUGUCAGUACGCUGAAGAAGUGGCUGACCAACCCGGUGCGAAAGCUGAGUGUCGGGUCAGUCGGCGGGAUCAAAGGGGAGAGAGCGACACGCAGAUUGGAGGGCAAAGCACCUCCUCCACCCAGCAAGAGCAAUCCUGAGCUGGGCAAUAACAGGGCAACAGAGGACCGUGCCACCAUCUUCACCAACACAGACAAAGAGCUGGAAUGGAGGGAUGGUCAGUCUGCCUCUGAAGACGCCUCAGGAAUCCCACAAUCCCACAGGAACCAGUGUGAUGAUUCACUUCAGGGCUCCACCUCACUGGGCCCAACUCAGAAUCCCCAACCCAGUAACUUGCAGCUAGAUGGCAAUGGCUCUGUCUUGAUGGAUGACACUUCUAGCCAAUCAUCAGUCACUGCGGACAGUGAAGAGGAGCGGAGGAGUGCCAUGGAAAAAAGCAUGUAUGUACUCGAAGAGUUAAUUGAGACAGAGAAACUGUAUGUAGCUGACCUGGGACUCAUAGUGGAUGGUUACAUGGCCACUCUAAACACUAAAGGUGUACCAGAAGACAUGAAGGGAAAAGAUAAAAUAGUGUUUGGCAACAUUCACCAGAUCUAUGACUGGCAUAAAGAUUAUUUCCUGGGCGAGCUGGAGAAAUGUGUGGAAGAGCCUGAGAGACUGGCACAGCUCUUCAUCAAGCACGAAAGGAGACUUCACAUGUAUGUAGUGUACUGCCAGAACAAACCAAAGUCGGAGCACAUAGUGUCAGAAUAUAUCGACACCUAUUUUGAAGAGCUUAAACAACAGCUUGGUCACAGGUUACAGCUGAACGAUCUCCUUAUCAAACCCGUGCAGAGAAUCAUGAAAUACCAGCUGCUACUGAAGGAUUUCCUUAAGUACUACACCAAGGCUGGAAUGGAUACAGAGGAUUUAGAGAAAGCAGUGGAGGUGAUGUGCUUUGUUCCUAAGCGCUGCAAUGACAUGAUGAACGUGGGACGACUGCAGGGCUUUGAGGGGAAAAUCACAGCACAAGGAAAGCUGCUUCAACAAGACACUUUUACUGUCACAGAACAGGACAGCAGCUUCCUGUCCAGGCCAAAGGAGAGGCACGUUUUCCUGUUCGAGCAGAUCGUCAUUUUUAGUGAGCCUAUUGACCGGAAGAAAGGAUUUUCAAUUCCUGGAUACAUAUUUAAAAACAGCAUCAAGAUGAGUUGUCUGGGCAUGGAGGCGUGUGUAGAUGGCGACCCGACCCGAUUUGCUCUGACGUCCCGUGGUGCUGAUGGCAACACCAUCCGCUUCGUACUGCAGUCUUUCUCUGUGGACAUCAGCAGGUCCUGGGUGAGCGACGUGAACCAGAUCCUGGAGACACAACGCAAUUUCCUCAACGCUCUGCAGUCACCCAUCGAGUACCAGCGAAGGGAAAGUAAGAGUAACAGUUUGGGUCGCACCAUGAGACCUCCAGUGUGUGCAGCAUCUGGUCUGAGGCCUCACUCUUCAGCCUCCAUGGACAGACAUAGAGCACCCUGCCUGCGUGCCUAUAACACGUCCCUGCCGUCCCUCUACCUGCCCAGCCAGGGCCCUGGUGACAUGUCUGCACAGCUAGAGUCAACACAGCGAUGCAAGCUGGAGUCUCAGCUGGAGGCCCAAACAGUUUCUCCAACCCAUGUUCAUCUGGCGUUCAGUGAAGAGCCCCGUUUCUCGCCUGCUGUCCACUCCUGCCAGACAGUGUCCAACGGCGUCUAUCCCAUCGGCGCACAAGGCUCACAGGCAGGAGAGGGUGGUUCCAGGGCACCGCUGUGGGAGAUUCAAACAUCAGCUCCAGGUGCCUCCUCCAGUCUACAGCACUCCAAUCACCUGGCCCAGCUGGAUGAAGAUGAACUUUGAGCUGCCCUUGAACUCUGACCCUGGCUGCCUUAGGAGCCUGUUACAGCCUGUUACACGUCCACUAUAAUGACCAGAACCGAUUAAGUUUUGUCCUGCCCUUUACUCUCACUCUGACAUGAAUGACCAAGUGACUUUUUUUACUUCAGCUUUCUUUCUUCCCUUUUUGCUUUUUGUUCAAAAGUUCAAUAACCAUUCCUGCAUUGGGAGGUCACUGGAGCCAAAUGAACUUUUCUUGUGUGUGAAUGAGCAUAUAAGAGUGUGUAGGUGUGCAUGUGUGUGUAUGCGCAAUAGAAAUUGCUACAGUGUUGUAAACAUGUUUGAGUAUUUUCCCUCAAAAAUGUGCUUUGCUAUUUAGGGGACUAAUAGCUAGCAUUACAGGGCCUACAUGGGGCUCAAGGCCUGUUUACAAAGGCACUAUUUUUAUCUCUGGUUCACAGCUAAGGGCCGGCUGGGAUACAUCCACUCUCCAGAAGGAGCCAGUUAGAAACAGACUGAUGAUGCAGUAUAUAUUUGUAUAUACCGUACAUUAAAGAGUGACUCUGUGCAUGAAGAUGCAGUUGCUUUAGUGUCUCUUCACUGAAUAUAGACAUGUCCAGUACUGUGUUUCUGAAUUCUGUUUGACCGUACAGUGCUGUUUGAUCUGGAUGGAAGGAGAGCAGAUCCAGUGCUCCCCCAGAGACCCUCAGCUGCCAUGAUGUAAGGCUGAAGGUCAAACACUCCUCCCUGCAGCUGCAGCUACUGCUCAGCACAUCAGACCAUGGACAGUUGAAGAACGAUGCAACUUUUCCAGCAUCCGUUACAUUCUGGCAGAGAAGCAUGCAUGCACUCAGUGUGCUCUGGGACUUAACAGACUUUAGAAAAUGUUGUGUAUUAUUACAAUAGAUAACAGAGCGAGAAGCCUUUCAAUAUGACAAUCUUUAUGUGUAAUUUACUGAACCCUGUUUAAGCCCUUCCUAUCACGAUGCAUGCCUCCUAGCUGACUGGAGCUGACUUUACUCCUGAAAAGAAAUGAUAGAGAAUCAAAGGCAGAAUAUAAGAAACAUGAGGAGAAUUUGAAGCUUUAAAGAAAAGCUCCUUUGAUGGUGCAUCACCAAAUGCCAUAAGGAGUUAAUGCCAAAACGUACAAUCACUGCAAACAAAAUCAUCCCAUUAUCAAAGAUAUCUGAUUAUACUUUGUACCUGUAAGUGAAAUUAAUUUACAUAUUAAAAAAUUACGAAGACAUUUAUCUAAGCAAGUAUGCUCACACUGCCCAAAUAUCUUCAUGAGUGGAAACCUCUUGACUAUAAAUGAACUGAUCUGAUUUUUCCUAUUAUGAGAUUAUUUUCAAAUUCGUGUGAUAUUUUUAAUCCUCCAAUUUCCCUUUAAAUGAUACAAAAAUGGAAAUUCUCUUACUCCUUUGGCAGAAAUAAAAUAAGAAACAGUUGAAAAAUUAGAUAGAUAAAUUUAUACUCUCAUAUAUUCUCAUGUUUCAUUAGUUCAGGGGGCUUUUUUGUUUCUUUUUCAGAAUGCUUUCGAAUAUUUUUUUUUCUAACAUGAUAUUUGCAUCCAGCAAACACACAGUUGAACCAGCAGAGGCCAUCAGAAAGCUUCUGAACACUCUAAGAACGGCAUAUACAACCCACCUGCUUUAGUGAAGUGAUCUAUGCACUUUUUAUUUGAGGAGCAUCCAAAAAUAAAAAUAAAUAAAUGGUGGCUCAAGUCUACACUGCAGUAGGAGAAAUAAUGUACAAAACAAAAACAAUCAAACAUGUGACAGGGUGAACACAUUCAAUUUACACUUUACUUUUAUUUUUACCUUUAGCUAUUCCAUGCACAGAGAAAGAUGGUCCACUUACAUCUACAGUAAUAGCCAAACCUGAAUCCAGUUUAAUUACUAAUAAUCGAACCACACUGCCUGGACUGGCUGCACUUUACACAUUAGGCAUGGCAAAGGUGUAAAACAGAAUGAAACAAAAUAUGAAGUUUUAAUCUCUGAAAUAAAUGAUUCAGUGAACCACUCAGGGCUGAGGACUUUUACAGAAUGUCAUCUUAAUAAUAUGUAUGCUUUAUGAAGACUUGGCCAUAAUGCAGUGUUGCACUAAAUGCCAGAUAUUUUAAUUCUGCCACAUGAAAGUCUCCUAAAAUAUUGAGACAAGUGAAUGUUCCACAGUCCACAUCCUCUUGUCACUAAUAUAACCCUGUAUUGAGAACGGCCUCUCCUCUGUUGCCUUUGCACAAAUCUAGACUUUUGCAUGCUUUGUUGCAGAUGUUUUACUAAACAUGAAAGACAGACUAGACAGACUAAAUGUCUAUGCGACAGAUCUCGUUGUAUCAUAUGAAAUAAACUGUCAUUUUGGAGUACA